AUGUCAUCUUCCAAGAUCGCCCUUGCAAGCGACACUGCCCACGACAAAAACAAUGGUCCACGUAGAGAGUGGCUCUACCCCACAACGCCAUGCCGCACAAAGCGGUAUGAACCCAGGACCUCCUAUCCCGCGCCUCCACACGACUUCCCCCUCUCCGCCGGAAAGUAUCUGGGAGAGCAUCACGGUGAACCAGCACCACCUUACAACGGCGGAAACGUAUGGCAGAAGUUUACGCAUCCCGAGGGCAAGGUUUAUCACGCCAUCGGCUCUUGUCCCCGGAUCAUCACGGAAGGCGACGUCUCGACGGGCAAUGUUAGCAAGGUAGCCAGCGCAUGGGCGGCUUUCAUUCUCGCCUGGGCCGAAGAAAGCGACUUCCAUCUCACGGCAUUCCAUGAGCUCUUCGUCGACGUGGAGCUGGACACUGGGAUUUGUGACUACUACUUCGUCGAUCACGGGAGCAGGGUGACAUUUUGGUUGGAGGACAGUAACACCAGCGAACUAGGACUCCCUUCGGCUUGUUCAGACAACCAUUUGAGGUUCGCACUGGAAGAGAACUACUGGAAGCAUGUCGAGAUGUUUGGAAUGCAUCUCUCCGCGCAAUCGUUCAUCAAAGACCCCGUCAAGCAGCUUGUCGGUAUCUAUCUCCACGGUCGUGCGGACCUCGCCACUUCCGAUACAUCUACGUUUUACUUUGCGCCUGGUGUCACGGACGCUCAUCUCGGAAUCCUCGAGCGCUGCCAAGCUAUUCAGGAUGAUCCGAUCAUCUACGCGUUUGUAGGCAGGCUGUGGGGCUUCGUCUGUAAUCACAGGUUCCAGAAUUUUCAUGGCGAAGAACAUUGCCGCCUGGACAGAACUACAAGCGUUCUACGGUGUGAUGAAGAGAGGCAGUCCUUUUGCCUCCAUUUCAUAUCCGCUGGUCUACUAUUUGGCCUACCAGAGUCUAUCCGCCGGCAACUACACGAGCAGAUGGUCGACGGACUUGUCGUGGAAAGAGUAUGGUCAGCAUUCAUCUCCGACCAGACUGCGGAAUGGACCAAAGUGAUGCAGUGGACGCUCGCGCUUGCCAUAGCAAACACGCUCAUUGCAGCCGUGUUCCCCGUGCCCAUGAUCGCAUACAUAGCCCUCGUACUGACCAGCACUGGCCUACUCCUGUCUACCUUCCUUUCACAACGCUUCCAAAGUCUUGCGAAGGACGUCGAUGAUGCGUGCGCCUUCCUCACGGAACAAAAUGGCAACAUGAUGCCUCUCGCGAUGAUCUUCAGCUUGCCGCGCGCGGCGUUCAUUUGGUCAUUGAUACUUCUGGUCGCCCAGGCCAUGAUCAUCCUAUUCUUCUCCGUCCCUCUGCCCGUGGGCGUCUCAGCCUGUAUCGCAGUGCCUCUACUCGCGCUGUACAUCGCCUGGUCUGUAUACCCCAUGCAGCGUCUGGCUCUGUGGUGGCAGUUGAGGAGGCUCUCUGAGCAUCUUCGACUCUGCAUAUCAUCCUGGUGCCACCGCGAGAGGAUCCCGGAUGAGGAAUGCGGCGGGUCGCCACAAGCAGCUGCCCUACUUUUCCACGCCUCACGCCAUCAACGGCCAGCUUUGACAGGUCCUGUGUUUUACGCUUUGUGGCAUCUUCCCUAUGCUGCGGCAAUCAUGAUGGUCUAUGGUGCGCCAGCGACGUCGUAUGGGGGAGUAUGGUCGGAAGGAGGUUCGGCAGGGUCCGGGAGUGGCCCGAGCAUGAAAGGGGACUCGCCUACUGCAUAUCGUGAUCCUUCACCAGCCAUGUCUACGUCAAAGAGCUACACUACUCCAAGCACUUCGUCGGCAUCGUCGCCGCCAGUGCGGAGUGGCUCCUCAAAUAUCCCGACUCGGUUUCGUGCUAGAAAUAAGGCCUCUGUUCCAGAACCUGUCGACUUCACAUCUGAGUCUGAUGUCGACAUGAACUCCGAACCGGCGACUUCUCCCCCACCCAGUAGCGAAGCUACAUCUUCAACAUCUCCCCCACCGAGCAAUGCUGCUCUCCCGCAAUCUUUUGCGCAUCCAUACUCGACGACGCCGAACAUGAGCUCGAAUUACCGAAUGUCACCAUAUCCUUCGACUUCGCUACCUGUAUAUGGUUACACAGGCUAUAGCUUGGCUUCUCAAUCAUACACUACUUCUCGACCCGGUAUGCCUGCUCAAACGAGUGCAUUGGACGUUCAAAAGCUCUACUCGACGACUAGGCAGCCCACUGGCGCUAUCCCUUCCGUCCCCCACUAUCGCAUUCCUGUGACCACAGCUACAAGCGGACUGAGCUACUCUCCUGGACAACGCUACGCGACCUCGGAGAUCUACGCACGGACGGCGGCAAGGCGGACUACCACAGUAGCGCCUGUCAAAGAUGCGGAGCUUACCAACAUCGACCCGCCAACUGGAAAGUACAAGUGUAUGCUUCAGGACGAGGAUGGGACCGUGUGCAAUAUGGAGGUCGACCACGGGAGACCACACAUCCGCGAUCACAAUGCCGACGUUCACGGCCAAAAGUGGGAGGCGCGCGGCGCGAGCAAGUUGCGCGUACAUUGCACAUGGGCGGGAUGUUCAUCGAAGGCGGACCAGAUGGACUUCCCCGAGUACUUCCGCCACUUGGUCACAACACACCUCGAGUAUACACGCUUUCAGUGCUCUGCAUGCGGGAAGAAGUUUACGCGAUCGGAUGCUGGGAAGAGGCAUGUCGCAGCGCACAAUAGGUACGCUGAGUUGGCGGUAGAACGAGCGGGGACCUCGGGCUCUGGCUCUGGUUCGGAACAAACGCCAUCGAGUUAA